UUGCCUGGAAUUCCUUUUGCGAAUCCACCCGGAUUCUUAACAAAUCCAAUUCCAGGAUUCCCUCCAAUGACAUUUUUUCCACCUCCCGGAAUGCAUGGACAAUGGCAUAUCCCACCCAAUCCCCUUGCUAAUGUGAAUGAGCGUAAUGUUGAUGGGCAGGCAAAUGCGACGACGAGUCAAAAUGCACAACAAUCAUCAUCAAGUACAGCUCAAAAUUCACAAAAUAACACACAACUUAACACACCUAAUGUCAUAAAUCCAGGAGAUCGGCCAUUAAAUGAGGUAAUGUCAUUGAUUGAAGAAUCUGCUACAACAUCUAGUGCUCAAACAACAACUAAUUCAGAGCCAAGACAAUCUCCAUCCGUGAUGCCUAGAUGGCCAUGGGAUCCAAAUGUUGCAGCAUCAUUUAGGCAAUUAAAUUCUGCUCAACCACCAACGAUAGGAUACCAACCUUAUGUUUCACAAUUCCCUAUGAAUAUUCCACCUGGUUUAAUACCCCUAUUCCCUCUUCUACCUUUAAGGGAUAACGGUACCUCAAAUGUGGGAACUAAUACAUUAAAUCAUUUGUCAGAGGAUCAAAUCCGUCUCCUAGAAACAACAUCACGGGAGGCACUUGUUGAAAGGCUACGAAUAUUGCAGGAUACUCAAGGGCAUAUAUACAACGCUAUCAGUAUUCCAGUACAAAUCGAAGCUUUCGCUAACAAGAGCUCCUCUGAUAAAGAUACCGUAAAAAAACAUAAUAUUUUUCUUGCUGGCAAAACAUAUCAACCUUUUAGUGACUAA